CAACAGCCACUCCUCGAUGUGCAUAGCAAACACUAGAUAUCAAAAAUGCGAGCCUUAACCCGCCGACUACUCCAUCCCCAUCGUGCCAAGCACCAAUCUAGAUCGUCUAUCCACGGUCAACCCUCCUCUAUUCCGGCUGGUAUGCCGCACUUCCUAACUAUCCCACGAGAGCUAAGGGAUGAGAUCAUCACUCUCAUCCUACUGUCCUGUCGGGAAACUCCAAGAACGCCGUCCGAAAUCGAGGAUCAGGAUCGUGAGGUCCUGCGCGACAUCAGCCUGGCCGGCUGGAAUUAUCCCGCCGUAUUCUAUUCCAAGGACGCAGCGGAUUAUACUCCAACCUGCCUCCCUCUGCUGCUUACCAACAAGCAACUGCACGCUGAGACGAAGGAGAAUCUGGAGCGACUUCCCGCGAAAGGCACAAACUACGAACUCGACGUGAAGUUCGUCAAAGAACAGUAUCUCGCACCGACAUGGGCAUUGGUUCCAGUACUAUCGGAAAGGGUCAACCACGUCCGCGCAGUGUUCCAGAGUACAGGAACUUUUGAAAGGAAUAUCUCUAAGGCGCACCUCCGUGAUAUAUGGCGCCGAGGAUGUGGUGGACCACCCGGCUACGUCUGGAUGUUCUACAUCUUACUCGAGCGCUUCUUACACGCCGGUCCGGUCGGGCGUUGCACGCACGACGAGCAGAAACCCGUAACCAUUAACUGUCUGGAGCUCGAUUUCAUAGAUCCUGAAGACACGAGCCUACUACCUCCGGAGCCAGUCACCCCGGAACAAAUCUACACAGCAAUGCAGCUGCACAUAUGGUCACGAAGGCCCAACGAAGAGGAGUUCAAGAUGCUGCGGCCUGAAUGGCUCGAAUCCGAACUUCGUGGUGAAAUCCAGAGGCUGUUGCGAAUGGGAUACCACUAUGCCUCCUACGGAGGUAUCUUGCACGAACGCAUCGGCAGCAUAGUCUUCAAAGUCAAUGGAGAGAUCACUAAAGAGUUGGAUGUGGGCCAGAUACUGGCAGAGCAAACGUUUAACGAAGACUUCGGGUCUGAAGUGAUGCGGCACCAGCGAGUGGGACACUGGAUUGCGUGGAGGGAACGCGCGAUCAGAGUGAGGAAGGAGAGAGGACUCAAAGUUGUGGAACCGGAGCCUAGCUGGAGGGAUAAAGCAAGGGCAAUCGCUGAGCGCCUCUAUGGGGCUAACCCGCAACACUAGAAUAUACACCCAUUUUCACCAAAACCGUGAAAACCCCGCACCUGCUCUUGCGUUUCGUUAUCCAAUCUUUUCAGAUCAAACCCACUGUACAUGGAGUUACUCGAUUGGGUCCUUUCGUAAGAUCUCGGUGAUUUUGGAGCACCUAAGAACACAACAACAAAUCCUCGACGGCCGUACCGAGCUUGGUGACUCUGACGAUGGAAUUUACGACAGGCAUUUUCGCCUUUUUGUCUCAGCCCCAAAUUUCAUGUCUCUACUAUCAUUGAUCGAUUCCGGUUGAGAGCUUCCUAAUGUAGUUUCGAUAUCUAGAAUGCCACAACAUCAUACAUCAC